GUGGGGGAGCUGGGGGAGAGAAUGAGGCUGUGAGUGGCUGGACUUGUUGUUGCUGCAGGAGAGGGACCCGCAUUCUUCAGCAUCAAAAGUUGCAGGGUUCUCUUCUCUGGCCUUUCUGAAACAUGGUGCAGCAAAGUAAGGCUGCGGACACUCCGAGCGGCGCGUCCAGGGAAGCGGCAGACAGCGGCAUCAGUGACAUGAGUGCAGCUUCCAGCCCGAAUCCCGGCUUCUCCCCGGCUCCUUCUGCCGAAUCUCUCUGGGCCAGCGGCUCUGCCAAAGGAGAGGAGGAGGCGAGCUGCAACCCCGACUGGUGCAAAACCCCGAGCGGGCACAUCAAGAGGCCCAUGAACGCCUUCAUGGUGUGGUCCCAGAUCGAGAGGAAAAAGAUCAUGGAGCAAGUGCCGGACAUGCACAACGCCGAGAUCUCCAAGCGCCUGGGCAAGAAGUGGAAAAUGCUGAAGGAGACCGAGAAGAGCCCGUUCAUCCGAGAGGCAGAGCGCCUGAGGCUCAAGCAUAUGGCGGAUUACCCCGAUUACAAAUACAGACCCAGGAAGAAGGUGAGGGCUGAGGCUGGAGCAGGAGUGGACGACAAGAGCUGCCGGAAGGAGACCAAGUCCUUCAAGAAACACAGCCGCCCCCAGAAGGGCAAGCUGCACCUGGAAAGGUCCAAAGCGAAGAAAGCGAAGAUGGUGCGGGCGGCGGCCGUGGCGGCGGCGGCUGCGGCGGACUCUCAGUCGGAAUCGGAGCCGGAGCUGGAUGCGGAUUGCCAGGAGAGUGAGGGUUCAGGGGCUGAGCUCUCAGCUUGUUACGGCAGGGACACCAGGCUGCCUUCCCCCGACCCGAAGCGGGCAGCUCAGCUGACGGCGGCCGUCUCGCUGUCCAGCCGUUCGGCCCCGGGCAGACCCCCGGAGGAGUCCGACCACGAGCUCCUACUCUUCGACUUGAGCUUGAAUGUGGCGGCGGGAGCCGAGCUGUUGGAGGCGAGUGCGACCGGAGCUGGAGGCGGCGGCUUGGUAUUGGACAAGGACAUGGAGCCGCUGACCAGCGGCUGCAGCCCCGUCUCUCACUUCGAGUUCCCCGAUUACGGGACCCCGGAGGUGCGGAAAAUGAUCUCAGGAGACUGGCUGGAGAUUGAGUCCAACAUUUCAUAUUAAGAAGGGCCGAAGGCACGGCGUCUCCCAGCGCUGAGGGAUACUGGAGAUUUACAAGGGACCGACUCACUCGAAUAUAUUGGAUGCAAAUCUUAGCUUGAGGGGGUUCCCUCCCCCUUUAUCUAAUCAACCCUUCCUCCGGCAAGUGGAGUCCCAUCUUUUCAGGGUGCUUUAGAGAAAGCGGCUAUCCGCCGAUUGAUAAAGAGCACAAUUAGUUACGGUAGUAAAGAAUUUCUUAAUUUUAGAGAUUGACUAAAACAAAAGGGAGACGCAUAUGAUUGAAUGUGAUGGGGAAGGGGAUGGGAGGUAAAAUCCCAAUUUGGACUCUGAAGGGGGUAGGGAUAACUAAAUCCGUCUCAUGCGGGGGGGUGGGGAGAGAGAGUGGAGGGAAUCAGAAAUAAAAAGUUCUUAAAAGGAAAGAAGUGAAAAUGACCCAGAAAUGUUCGUUCCACGCUGAACUGGAAAAAUAUGUGUAGGGUAACAAGGUUACAGCAGUAGUAUCAUGUGGUUUGUGGUGAUUAUGGAAAAGAGCGAUCAUCCUUUCAUUGUGGUUCUAGUUUUACGAGUUAGUGUCAUGUUGGUGAUUUUUAGCCCGUUUCCGCUACAAUUUAGGUUCAUUUCGGAGCGCCCUCAAUCCAGAUCAGAUGUGAAUUUACAUUGGGGAAGGGGAGAGUUGAGGGGGUUUAUAGUAUUGGCCUUGCCGUUAGCCUGUUUUAGAAAGAAACUAAUAAAGUAUUGAUUAUAAACUGAUUUUUUUUCUUAUGUAUUGAGGCGAGCUGGUUACAAAAUGAAAAAUGUGCAGGAUUUGCUACCUUCACUGAUACAAGCAGAAAGGGUUCGUUUUAAAAUGUGUCUAAACGGUUUGCGGAUUUACAAGGAGGAGGCUGGGUUAGUAAGGAGAUUACAAUAUGGAUACAAUUAAUGUGGAACUUUUAGUGAAAAUGUAGAUGAAGUUGAGGAAGAAAUAGAGUUUUAUUGUGCCAAUUUAUUACAGUGUAUCUAUUAUGACAGGGACGAUUCUGAAGAAAUUAAUAUGUUGUGGUGUUUCAGUACCUCAGUAAAUCUUAGUGGUAUUCUUUGAUAGAGCAGAUUGUGAUUGUCAGGGAGCUGAACGGUACACAACAUAGCUUUCUGUAUUCGUUUAAAGACGAACAUUAGGGAUCAUAUGUACUGUAGUCGGCAGCUCGUCUCAAUGGGCUUUAGAUCAUUUGUACAAAACUACUGUGAAUUUGAAACCGUAUGAUUAGUCUCAGCUUUUUACCGCUCAGGACUAUAGAAUUCAGAGAAUAAGGGGUGCUACCUUCGGGGUUUCUCUGAGAUUUUUAAGGUUCGGUGUGCUUUCGAGGCAUUGCUGCCGAACGCUAUAGCAUUCCCUCAGGAUCUUGUCGCGUCUGACUCCUCUGUCGGCCGUCAGGCAUUUGUCUUGGAUUCUAAAUUAAAGGUUUACAGAGAGGUCUUACGAAAGGAAGUCUAAUUUCCUACAUUAUGCACAGUCUAAAAUCCAGUACAGUUUUUGUGGUACUGAAAAUGCUCAUUACCCAGCAUACUGCACACGUUAAAUCCUUUCUUUGUAAGCAUUGUGCUGAAGUUUUCUUUCUGUAGAACCGUCGAUCAGAAAGGGAGGGGCAUUUUUUCUUUCGUAUAAAAUCGAUACAGCACAAUCGAAUGAACCAUGAAAGCAGCAAAAAUAAUAUUCCCUUUUCAGUGGCCUGUGUGAGGUCGAUUUUAAUAUCAAACUGGAAAAAAGUACACGUGUAUUUGCUAGCUUGCCAUGAGAAUCAAUUAGAGCCCCGUACAUCAAUUCAGAAUUUAAAAAAAAGAUUCUUAAUCUUGAAUUAGUUGUAAACUGUUUAAAAUUGACGCGAAAUACUGACAUAAAAAGCUUUGAAUUGUUUUCUAAGCAUUUUAAGACUUGGCCCAUUAUAAAAGGAAUAUUGUUUCUGCUGUUUGCCAGCUUAGCAAUGCUGCACCAUGGAUCUGUUAACAUUGGUGCCAUUUCAUUCAUUUGUUGUGCAUGCUCAGCACGCGUUGUAUCAUAGGGUUUUCUUCCGACAAGGAAAUGAAUGGCAGUGGGAAGCUGAGCGCCACGAUACUGUAAAUUGGACCUUUUGCCACAGUCUGGUACAAUGUCAGCCUCCAUGCAAAUGACAUAAAAAAAACCAGCAGUACCAGCAACCGCUCAAUCUGGAGUCAAAUGCCCCAGUGGAAGAUCAUUUUCCAUUCUUAAAGAAAUCUGCAGUAGUAGAUCUGAAAAAUAUCCUGUCUUGUUUAAAAAAUAUCAACAGAUUGUCAUUUGGUUAAUUGUUGUAGCAAACUGACCUUUUUUUGACAACUGAACAAUUCAAUUGUUCCAAUGCAAUAUUUGCAAGUUUGUCUCAGUAUUUUGAAGAUUACUGCUCAUAGGGCAAUAUGAUAAAAAGUAUCAAGCCUCAAGGAAGCAAUAUCAACAUUGAAGUGUAGUACCAUUGCAAUAAUUCCCAACUUUUCACCCAUUAUCAAAUUAAAUUCUUUCUUCAAAUUAUAACAAAUAAUUAACUACUCAAAGGGUGAAAAGUUGAGAUUUAUUGCAACAUCAUUCUGAUUCUAUGUACAAUGGCCAUCCAUCCAGUGGUCUCCAUGUAGCAGUGUCACAUUGUACCAGCAUGUGUGAGUCAAAAGGUUGCAUUGAACUGCAUUUUAUGUUAAUCGGUUAGAACUCUAUCCAAAGACCAGCGCAUCAUUCCUCAAACUGGCCUAAAAUGGGACCAUGCUCAUUAAUUUCAGGAAAAAAAAGCCUUUAUAUUGUGAAUUUUCUGAUGUGAUUUUAUUUUCAAUCCAAAAAUUUCUGAUACCAGCAAUUUUUAGUUAAUUAGUUGAUUCUGUGUGGAUUUUAAUUUAUUUUUGCAGGGUGUGCUUGUUUUAACUGCAUGCAUGUGUAUAAGUAUGUAUAAAAAUAUGGUCACACAUGUACAUGUGUACCAGUGUACGUAGGUAUAUUUAUACAUUAUAGAUUGACUGUUUAGACUUAUUUUAAAAAGAAAGAAAUUUGUGAUAGAUUAAAACUAGUACCUUUUUAACUAGCCUACAUGUGCUCCAUGGCCAAAAUUAUUCAAAGGUUCAGGGGAACUAUAUAGCCCGGAGGAUCAAAAGGUCACUCUGGGGGGUCCCUACUGCAAAAGAUAUAGGCUGCUAUCCUAAGUAGGGAAAAUAUUAAAGGUUGCCUCUCAAUUCUGAUAGAAGAGUUGGCUAUAUUAAGUGAUGCUAGGUUUAGGCAAAGCCUCUGUGUAAGAAAGAGCCUGUUUUAGACUGUUGCAGCAAAUGGCAUUAUUUCAAAACUUCCUCCCCCUUUUCCUCGCACAAUCUGUGGAAUUUAUUUUGAAUACCUACAACCUUUUGCAUUAGGUAAAUGCAUUGUGGAUGCAGCAGAAAUCUUCCAUGAUGACUUUGUUUGUUGUGAUUGCUACUUCAAAAGUCUGUCUGUUCAGAUUCUGCACUCAGACAUUCUCCAAGUAUAACAUUUCUGCAACAUGUCAGUUUGUGUGAAAGUUACACCAGUUGUUAGUUGUUAGAAUGUUCAGUGGAGAAAUAAAAAUAUUACCUAUGUAAUAGAUACUACAAACCUUGGGCAUGUGACUUGCACAAAUGCAAUGACCUCGCCUGAUUAAACUUUACUUUUUACAUUUGAUGGAUAAAAUUAAUUCAGUGUCAUCGUACGCAAUUUAGAUACUUAGUUGAUUUUGGACGAUUUUGUAUUAGCUGCCAGAGCAUCUCUGUAAGAAUUAAAACACAGAAAAGGGGUGUAUUUUAAGAUAGAUCCCAAAUAGCUUCACAAUUGACAGAUACAGAACUUUGUUUCACAAAUUGAAAAAGAUUUAGAAUAUGUGAUGAAUUCUAAUAUUUUUAUUCUGAAGGAUAGGUGGUAAUUUUAAUUUUUGGUAAUUGCUACAAAAGAGGGGAUAUGGGAUUGUUGCUGUUACGAACUACUCCUGAUUCUAGCUGAAACUAAAAUCAUGGAGGUGUGGCUAACUGAUAUCAUCUCAUUUACACUAUUGCUAAAAGAUUGGCCCCCACCCCAUUUACUUUCAGAGAACUACCAAACCUAAAUGGCCUCUUUCUGUGCUGAAAAUUCAAGAUUUCUAAACACCAGAUGUGAUCCAGAUUUGCCUCAAAUUACCCCUGAUUAGAAGGUAGGUUUAUGAACAGUCCCUUAGCUUAGCAAAUGGGAAUAUUGAAUCCCAUUUAAAAUAACUUAUAAUUAUAAAGCUCAUGUGUAGACCAGUUGAAAUAGAUGCUAUUGAAAGAAGUGAUAUGUACAAAAACGUGGUAAAAUAUAAGUGAAAUGCCACGAAAAAUACUAGAAAUGCUGUCAUGAUUAACAAAUAUCUUUGGAAAAUAAUAGAAGUUCAAGUUUUAGUUGUGGUUUAUUCUUGGUAUGAUUGCUCCAUGUGGGUUGUAUUGCAAAAUAUUUACAUUUGUUACUCUUAGAAACUUUUAACAUGAGACUGUGUGUGAUAUCUGCAAUGGCAGACAUUGCCAAUGAUCCCCAUGGACUCUUGAAUGCUAUGGUGCAACUAUGUUGGCUUCUUUUUCUGACACAGUGACGUAAUUGUAGACAGAGGCAUUCUGUUGCUAGCUCUUCCUGUACUAGAGACAUUAGGCUGAAACUGUGAAGAAUAUGUUUUUUGACAAGAUGUUCUUGCCCAUAAGAGGCACUGAGAACACAAUGAUUCUUUACGUGUGUAGGCACAUCCCACAAAAUAAAAACCUCAUUUUCUGUUUAGUAGCUGAAGGAUGUUUUAAUGCUGCAGUACUGGCUCUAUCGCCACUGAUGGCCAGUUUUUGGUCUUAAGGAAGCCUAUGUCACCCCAAAUGCCUAAAAUUAUAAGGAAUGUGCAUGGAUUUAGUGGGUUUUGCAAAAGAAAGUCACUAAAAGGCUUUAUUGUUCUGUAUUUAUUAAAAACCUGAGUGCCAGUACAAUGCCAUUUUUUUUCUGUCUGCCAUCACAGGGUUCAAAUUUAGCUGCCUGUUUUAAGUGGCACAAAUUUAUGCCAAACUGCAUUGUGCGAGCAAAUGUAAACUAAAUUCAAUGAAACUGUCAAUCAGUCACCAUGGAGACUGGACCAAAUAGGUGAUACCACUGAUAUUACUGAAGGUAAGGAUCUUGAUUCCAAAAAUACCAUUUCAAUAUCAGUAGUCAGAUAUAAUCUUCCUAUUGACGAAUACUGGUGUGUCAAAGCUUAUUGUCGCUCAUACCGCAUUGAGUUUGGCAAUAAUACAGACGGAAUGAGUUUAUUCAUUCAAUUAGACUCGAUAAAUUUAGAAAAUGAUGUGAUUGGAUUAGAAUUUUCAAUAACACAGGUAACCUGUGUCACAUCCUAUUUCACUGUGCCUGUGACAAGAGCGAAAUUUCUCAGUUGAUUGUUAUCUGUAACAGACUCAAAAUUGCAAAUAUAUAAUGGAAUACAGUCUCUUGACCCAGUUAGGACUUUGGUGAAGGGCCAUUGCUACCUACUAAGAAUCAUGUUAUAGAUUUUUCUAAUCCACCUGUUCAGACAGGCAGGUUAAUUUUGCACCUCUGCAGCAGGUGGAAUUUGAACCCUGAUCUUUUGGCCCAGAGCUCGGGGCAUCAGCUCCACCACCAGAGUCCUGCUUAGAACCAUUGCCUAAAUUCCAGGACUGUUCAUCUCCGUCUGAUCUUAUAGCCUCCCUGGAUUGGUUCCUUUUGUUUUCAGCUCUGGUAAAGUAUCUUGACAGCUGUUGUGUCAAGCACCGAUGCUCCUUUAUAAAAUGCUACCUCAAAUCAGAAAUUGGAAUGGGCAUUAAUGUGAAGUGGUUGGUUCUUUGAGCCAUCUGUUUGGGUCAGUAAAAUAUUUCUCUGAAGUUGGCCAUAUGGUAAAUGAACAUUGUGCUGAUAUUUUAAUAGGAUAAUUUCCAAGCUAAACUUAUUCAAAUUUACUUACAUUAUGAAAUCAUGAUAAAUUUGCUGUCGACCAGUGUUUCAAAUAAUACUAAAUGUGUUGUAUAAAGCAGAAGGAACCUUUGUCACGUUGCCUUUUCUGAUAAAUAUACAAGUAGAUGAGCCAGUGGUAUUAAUGAAGGGCCGUGUCAAAGAUCUUCUACCUAUUUACCACUAAUGAGGAAAGUAUCCAGAUACAGAUGACAUGAUGGAAAGGCCUAAGUGACUUAUAAAAUUAAUCAUUUUCACUCACAGCCAAAUUGACAAUAGUAUUUGCAAUUCUGUGAAUUGACUCAGUAGAUAACGUCUCGGUAACAGUGUAGUUUCUGCAAAUUGCCCCAGUUUACCAGUGGCAUUGUUCUACAUCCUGGUAUCAAGGCCACUGCAAUUUUGCGCAUAAUGGCUAUGUUUGAAGGUUCAAGUUAUUUUUUACCAAUGUUGAAAGAAUAAUGUUCGAUGUAGUGACUUUGGCCAUAUUUGUACUGGGGUGCCUAAUCCAAGUGAAGGGUAAUUUUGACAUGAGGCUGCAUAAGACAGGUAGUAACUUGAGCAAGGUGACCUGAACAGACAAGUUAAUUUAGCUGCUUCUUUGUCUCAUGAAGCAGCACCAAUCCCAUAAAGUUCAACCAGUAAAACACCCAGCCUUUUUUGUGGCUGGCACUUGUAGUUAAUGUGCCUUACUGGCAAAAGAAGGAGGCUUCCAACCCUUGGCAUUCAUUAUCCAUAAUGUUGACGACAAGAUUUUAUAUGUUUACAGGGUCCAUCAUGAUCCUAAAGCAGGUGACACAUUUUAAGAUAAACCAAAAUAAUCAGGGCACGUUCCAACAUGGCAAUAAGACAUGCAAAAUAUUUUCACUAGAUAUCUGUCGUCACAGAUUGCCUCAUUAUAGAUACUUACCUAGAAGACACAAGCCUCCUAUUUUUGUCAAUAAGCUUUAUUUGUGUGCAUUUAUGGGUUGCUUACUGUUAAAUUCAAACCCUGCAAUAGACUGUUAAACCUCUUCUCAGCUCAGAACUUAAACACAACAGACCUCAGACUGUUUUCUAGACUUUCUAUUUUCAUUAAUAAUUUUCUACAGUAAUGUGUAGCAGUACAUAGAAAAACUAUUGGAGUUUUGCUCCGUUCCUCUGUCUUAUACUGAGAAUGUAACAUUCCUGAUCUACUUGUCAAAAUAAGGAUGCAAUCGUUAUAAAAAAAUCUGUAUUUAAUACAUUGUGGUGUGUAACUGAUUAUUAUCAUCAUUUUGAACAUUACUAAAUUUCUAAUUCCUUGUGUUUUCUCGUUCAGGGAAUUCUAGGCAAAGGAGAAAUGUUCAUUGCCCAAAAAAUGGAUGGCAACAUCAAAGGGGCCAGUCCCCAUUAAGCCAUCAGAAAUAGCUCAGAUAAUUUUACAUCCAAAUUGUACAAUGGAUGUGGUGGCUAAUAUGAUAAUCUAUUUAGCUGCUAGAUAUUUGUAGCUAUCUUGGGCAGUUGAAAUAUUAAAAAGACUUUCCUUUAUUUUGCUGCAUUGAUUUGUCACAAUUUUUAAUGUUGCGAUGAUGUCAAUAUUUUGGAUGUCAUGGUAUCAUGAUAUAUUGGGAUGUGUAAACCCAUAAUAACUUUGAAAACUUUAUUUUGUCUUUAUUAUGAUGGUUACAAACCAUGAUGGUUGGAAGAUGGGUCUGAUGAAACCCUGAAAAUAUGAGAGAUUAAAUACAGAAUGAAUGGUGAUCUGACACAGUAUUACAACAGCUAACACUUUGCUUACCAUCAAGACAAUUCACAAUAAUUGUCCUCCAAAAUUGUUAGACAGUGAACACAAUCAGUGCAUUUUUACAGUAAGGUCUGCCUAGUCAACAUGUAUUGUGGUAGGCAUUUUUGACAAGCAGUACAGAUACUAGAUGGGCCAGCAUCCCAGCCAUUUUGACAUAUUCUGUUAAAUCCCAACCAUUUUAAGAUGCUCAGUGAACUGUAAGUGAAAAGUGUGACAUGCAGCUUGACUGAAUCCUUCACAACAGAUUGUGAGCAUGCAAAUUAAGUAAUGAUUUAUUAACACUGUCAAAAGAAUUAUUUCCAUUGAAACUGUAAGAUGUUAGAAAUAUUCUUCCUCCUCGUUUUCUGUCCCUGUUUGGUAUUUCUGCAUCGUAUGCCGUUCUUAUGGUAGUCAAUGCUAAUGGAUUAAUUUCUCCAUGAAUUUAUUCAAUGCUCCUGGAUAGUUAGAGAACAGAAGGUGUAACUGAAGUGAAGUGAGACAACUGGAAGUCUUUUUCCACUGGAGAAAGAGAAAGCAAAAAGAAAAUCCUGAUGCUCAAAUUCUGAUCAAUUGUCUAAAUUUUUAACCAGCCAAGGAACUAAAUGAUUCAUCUAAAUUAUGAGAUUCUUGAGACUUCUAAUGAAAACAAAUCACUUUAAAAUUUCUGAGCGAUAUAGUUAUUAUACAGUUUUUUUCUGAACACUUGAGAAACAAGUGAAAUAAAAACUUUGUGUGAAGGUCUUGAAGUCCCAGCUCCUUGUUUACUGCAAUAGUUUUUUUUAAGAUUCUGACUUAUAAAUGUUAUCUCCUCCUCUCCUGAGGGCAUGGAUUUCAUGCUGUGGUAGAGCUCCAUGUGCACCAGUGUUCUCAGUGUAUUGCUUUGUGAUGGUUAAUUGUGGAGAUGGCCAUCUUUUGUGGCUGAGUGUUGGAGGUGAAGGAUGGUAAUUUAUUCAUAUUUCAGGGUCUCAAACCCUCACUUGUCCUUGGUUAGAGUUAGUUCAUUGGGAAUACAGGCUGUUUUUCUUUGCCGUCAAAAAUUGGGGGUGGGGAACCAUGACUGAUCAGAUAACUUGGUCGAUGGAAAAUUUUGCUGAAUUGUCAGAGAUCAUGCUUUUAGUUUAUUCUAGAUCAUUGAGUUUUUUUUAUCCUGUCUUAUUGGCUGUAUUUUCUAAACCAUAUCAUUACAGAGCAGAGCAUUAAUUUUACAAACUAUCUAAAGUAGUUUAUAUAGAUAGAAUAUUGAACAAUAACUGCAAGAGAACUGCUGUUGGUCAUUAUCAUUUAGUUCCGUCAUCCUUCUUUUUGCAAGCAGAUCAAUUUUCAAACAUCACAGCCUCAUCAAGUGAACCAAGUGGUGUAAGACAAAGAACGCAUUGAGAAGUGAGACUGAAAUUAAACAGUGAAAACAAUUUUUUUAACUAAAUUAUAAAUAAAGUCAGAACUGCUAAGCCACUUAUUGGAAGGUCAAAAGAUAAAGGUUACAGAUCUGUCAGUGGAUGAGAGAUUAGCCAGUGAAUUCUUAACACAAUCAUGUGAAAUUCUUUGCUUUUUUUAAAUAAAAGCCAUUAGCUUCCAUUGGAAUAAUGGACAAAUCAAUACACUGCAGAAACGUUAAAUGUUCCUCUCUAAUAUUGGAAACAUUUGUGUUUACCACUUUAGGAUACAAGCCACAAAUUAGUUCUAGCAUUCUAAUAGAUUGCUCCAUAGUACAAAGGUCCAUGGUAUAAGUUUAAAUUGUCAGGCCAUAGGAUAUUGUCCUAUUCCACACUAUUAGACCAUGUCCAUAAAUAGUGAUAGUAUAACUCAUCAUGGGAAGAAAGGUAGGCAAAAUUCUCAAAUACUUGCAUAGUCUCCAAUUAAAACAUGGCAUUUAUAUAUCUGCUUUUUAUUAACAGCCAUGACCUGGAUCUAAUGCUCCUCCACGAGCAAGUAUCUUUUAAUCACUAAAAUUUGAUAAAACAAUAUCCAGAAAUUCUCCAUAUUACAUAAAGGCACUUAGUGGCAAGAUGAUGUAAGCCAUGUUUUAUCUAUGAUUUGAAAAUGGUUCCAUCCCAAUACAUCAAUGUAACACAACUGGAAUAGUAUUCUGCAAUGGUGCAUCAUUCUCAACUACUAACUACAUUUUUAAGAUCCUUUCUGAUAUAGUUUUGAUUUUAGGGAAUAGGAGUUAAUACUUCAAAAUGACACAGAUGGAUCUGCCUGACAUUGAAAUGUUUGUAUAAAAGAUUUUUAUGUGUACAGUGUAGACGUCCUUGUAUGUUUAGAGGGAAAGUGUUGGUGUACUGAGUUAUAUUGAUGUGUUCAUAAUUUAUUUUGUGCCAUAAUAGAUUUUUAAAAAAUUUGUAGCAGAUAUACGAUUGAACUGUUAUUGAAUUU